AUGGAGAAAAUAAAGAAAAAACCACAAAGUGGAUCACUUGAUGAUUUAAUAAAGAAAAAGAAAGACAACAAAUCACAUGGAUUAUUUUCUCUUUUAUUUGGAACUCAUUCAAAACCAAGUUCACCAGUAAUGUAUCAUGUUAAAACAAAUGAAUAUCAUAGCCAACAAAGAAUAAUGAAAGUUAAAGGAGAAAGUUUACAUUACUCCAAAGAACAAACAACUACGGUAAUUAAAAAUGAAAAAGAAGUACAAAAUAUUGAAGAAACAACACAGUUAACAAAAGAACAUUUAAAAGAACGAUAUUAUGAUUAUUUAAUGUCUUUAAAUGAAGAAGAAAUUUAUCAAUUAAUAAGAUAUAUUCCUAUGAGAUUAACAGAAAAAGAAAGAGGAUAUUUAGAUGUAUUAGAAGCAGCAUUAGAUGUUAGUGAAUAUACAAAUAAUGUUGAUAUUGCUAAAUCUGAUUAUGAAUAUUAUGGAUAUUAUUGUGGAAAAAGAGACAUUAGUGUUAAUGAAAUAAAAAAAGAAGAAUUAAUAAUAAAAGAGCAUAAUGAAUUUAAAAGUACAUUACUUGGAAUAUUGGUUACCAAUAACUUAAAAGAGGGAUUAAAAAUAUUAAAAGAUAAAACAUUAGAAGAAGUAUUUAUGCAAGAUUGUUUUGAAGUUGGAAGAAGAUAUAAAGCAGCAAAUCCAUCUAUGAUGAGAGAAACAUAUCAAAAAAUGAUGCAUAUUUUACAAGAUGCUAUAAAUUAUAAUCCUAAAUUUAUUGGUAAAGAAUUUGUAAAGAAUAAAAACUGGAAACCUAUUUAUACUGUUGAAAUGGGAAUGAAAGAAUGUAAUAUGAAAAUAGAAGAUAUUAUGAAAUGUAUUAAACUGAGAGAAGAAGGAUUAACUUUAGAAGAAAUUGAAAAACAAUAUGGAGAACAUGGUCUUCGUAUUGUAUAUUCAAUUAGAGAUGGAAUUGAAGCAUCAGCAAAAACAUGUGGAGUUGUAUUUGGUAUGUUAAAACAAUUAGAACGAUUUAGAGAUAAAGAGAAUACUACUCUUUCAUUAGAAAUUCAAUUUGGAAAAGAUGGGUCAAGACUAACACAAAGUCAUUCUGAACAUUUUUUAUUUGUUCAACAAAGUCUAAGACUAUGGUGGAAUGUUAUGAGACAUAUGUCAUUGUUAUGGAUAAUGAAUGAUAAAGACUUUUUAAGUGGAAGAAGUUAUAGUUUAGUUAAUACUGGACAAGGUUUACAAAGAUUACAACAAUGUCCAAAUGUUUCUUCUGCUAUUCAUCAAAUUCUUAGUCAAACACAAAGUACUAUGUGUGAAGGAAAAGAGUGGAGAGGGUUAAGUGUAGUUCAUUUAGGAGAUAGAGAUGUACCAAAUUGUUUAUUUUUUAUUGACAAAUAUUCACAAGUACCAUGGAUUCUUUCACCAGUUCUUCGUACAACAAGACGUAUGUUUAGUCAUAAAGAAUUAAAACGAGUACCAACGUAUUUUGAAACUUAUAGUUCAAGAAAUUGGGGACGAUGUAUUCUUCAACACUUCUUUCAACAUGCAUUUGAUGGAAGUGGGUCAGAUGGAGGAAGUUGUAUUGAUGGAAGGUUAACUUCAGCAUGGAAUUGGUGUUCAAUGAUUGAAAAAUAUUCAUAUUAUCCUUUAUUUUUAUUAUGUGAUUUUGAAGGAUUUGAAGGUCCAUAUAAGAAAUAA